AUGAACUUCAGAUCGUCCUCCUACUCGACCAGCCGCCCUCAACCAGAGCGCCACGCUUCAGUCAGCUCUAGGCUGUCCUCUGCGGUGUCCGCCGCCGAAGAGGGCGACGGCCACAAUGGUGGGGGUGGUGCGGCGGCCGCGCAUCAAAUCACCGAGGAGAUCGCCAAGCUCAAGAGAUACGAGGACUUCACUACGAUAGACUGGGUACAAGAUGCGGCGAGGGACCAGCUGCGCCGCAAGGCACGGCGGAAACGGAUGGAGGGACUGUACAGCGCAGGGCACGUCAACUGGAGGGAUCGGCUGUGGGAUUCGUACGAGGCGGCGCAAGGCUGGCUGGUCAUCACCCUCGUCGGCAUCGCCAUCGGGCUCAACGCCGCCUUCCUGAGCAUAGCCGCGGAGUGGCUGUCUGAUAUCAAGAUGGGGUACUGCACGACGGCCUUCUAUCUCAACGAGGACUUUUGCUGCUGGGGCGAAGACAACGGUUGCGCCGAGUGGCAUCGGUGGACGGGGUUCGAGCCCUUCAACUACAUCAUAUACAUCAUUCUCGCGGGGUUGUUCGCCUGGGUUGCUGCGACGCUCGUGAGAUGCUACGCCCCAUAUGCAGCGGGCUCGGGCAUCUCCGAGAUCAAAGUCAUCAUUGCCGGCUUCGUCAUGAAGGGCUUCCUUGGAUUCUGGGUCUUUCUCAUCAAGUCCCUCUCACUGCCCUUCGUCAUCGCUUCGGGCCUGUCUGUGGGCAAAGAAGGCCCCAGUGUGCACUACGCCGUGGCCGCCGGCAAUGUCAUAUCGAGGAUGUUCGAGAAGUACCGGCUCAGUGCUUCAAAAACCCGCGAGAUCCUUUGCGCCUCGGCCGCUGCUGGUGUCGCCGUCGCCUUCGGCAGCCCCAUUGGCGGGGUGCUCUUCUCUCUCGAGGAGAUGUCGAGCCAUUUUCCUCUCAAGACACUCUGGCGCAGCUAUUUCUGUGCCCUGGUCGCCACGGCCGUCCUAGCAGCGAUGAACCCCUUCCGCACGGGUCAGCUUGUCAUGUUCCAGGUCCACUAUGAUCGGUCUUGGCACUUCUUCGAGCUCUUCUUCUUCGUCAUUGUCGGCAUCUUUGGCGGCUUGUACGGUGCUUUCGUCAUGAAGUGGAACAUGCGGGCUGUGGCGUUCCGCAAGAAGUAUCUGACCCAGUAUGGCAUCCUAGAAGCCACUCUGCUUGCUGUCGGCACAGCCAUCAUCUGCUACCCCAAUGCAUUUCUGCGGAUCGACAUGACCGAGAGCAUGAGCAUCCUGUUCCUGGAAUGCGAAGGAGCAGAGGACUUUCACGGCCUUUGUGAAGCAGACCACCGCUUCGGUAACUGGCUUUCUUUGGUCCUAGCCACUGUCAUCCGCACGUUCCUAGUCAUAAUCUCGUACGGCUCCAAAGUCCCGGCCGGUAUCUUCGUUCCAUCCAUGGCCAUCGGCGCUUACUUCGGACGAUCUGUCGGCAUCAUCGUCCAGGCACUCUAUGAUGCUAACCCCCAGAGCGCCUUCUUCGCCGCCUGUCAGCCGGAUGUGCCCUGCAUAACACCAGGCACAUACGCCUUCCUCGGCGCCGCUGCGGCCCUCAGCGGCAUCAUGCACAUCACUGUAUCGGUCGUGGUCAUCAUGUUCGAGCUGACGGGAGCCCUGACCUACAUCCUGCCCACCAUGAUCGUCGUCGGCACCACCAAGAUUGUCAGCGAGUUGUUUGGUAAGGGUGGCAUCGCCGAUCGCAUGAUCUGGUUCAACGGCUUCCCCUUCCUCGACAACAAGGAGGAGCACAACUUUGGCGUCCCUGUCUCCCGGGCCAUGAUUGCCAAGGUGGUCGCUAUCCCCGCCACGGGCAUGAGCCUCCGCGCCAUUGAGGCCCUGCUCGAGCAGGACCGCUAUCAGGGCUUCCCUAUCGUCGAGGACAUGCAGUCGAAGCUGCUGGUCGGCUACAUCGGGAGCACCGAGCUGCGCUACGCUGUCGACAAGGUCAAGAAGCAGCCUGGCGGCGCGAGCCCGGACACCAAGUGCACCUUCACGCACGCCGCUCGGUCGUCCUCCAUUGCUUCCGCCGCCGAGGCCGAUCUGCCGUCUACUUCUGCUGCUGCCGCUGCCGCUGCCGCUGCCGCUGCUGCUCAUCACGGGACCGUGGAUCUCAGCCCCUACGUCGACACCACCCCCGUCACCGUGCACCCCCGCCUGCCUCUGGAGACGGUCAUGGAGCUGUUCCGCAAGCUCGGCCCGCGCGUCAUCCUCAUCGAGUACCACGGCCGCCUGUCGGGCAUGGUGACGGUCAAGGACUGCCUCCGGUACCAGUUCAAGGCCGAGGCCGCGGACCACGCGGGCUCCCAGCCGCAGGACGACGGCAUGGCCGAGGUGCAGGAGCGCGUGUGGCACUUCAUGCAGCGCGUCGGCGGCUGGGUCUCGGGGAAGGUGUCGACCGUCUCGGGCGGGCGCAUACGGCUGAGCGGGUCUUUCGACGGCGGGAGUCGGCCGGCGGCGGCUGGCGGGAGUGGGCAGAUACUGGACGGGACCGAGGACGUGGGCGAGGAGCUUGGUGGCGUGGAGCUUGAAAGUAGGAGGUGA